GACUUCAGUCUCUGCUCUCUGGUAUUGGAGAUAUAUAGCUACUCCGCAAGCUAAUUGGAGGUGUCGAGUCCAGCCAUUCCAGCGACGCAGUCUAGAGUUCCGGCGAGGAUGGCAUUGCUCUCAGCUCUCGCAACAGAGAUCGCGAUCCCCGUUUGUGCCAUCGUCGGGUUCGCGUACUCCUACUACCUGUUGCGUUGGUUCCCCAAGUCGCGCUAUAGCGACAUACUCGACCAUGAAGAGCGGGGCUUAAACCGGGGUGAUAAUGAUCAGAUGUUGAGGUUUUUAUCUACAGGUGACUUUGUAAAGAUCCUAUACGAAAUCAUGAGCUUCUGCUGCUUGAGGCGUGACUCAUUUUUAGGGUUUGUAACAGCUGCUAGGGCUUUGAGCGACGUAUCUGAGUACAGUAGCAUAAUAUUUACUCAUGCAGAUCUCUUCUCACGAAGAUGGUUUUUGGGCGGAGUGUUGACUGUUGCGAAAGACUUUCUGUUCACGGAGUACUGGUAUGGUGGGGUUUUCAUGGUUGCUUUUGCGAUCCUAAUCUUCCUCUGCCUCGGCUCUGUUGAGAGCUUCAGCACCCAAACCCGACCUUGCAGGUUUGAUCCUUCAAACGUGUGCAAGCCUGCACUGGCCACUGCCGUUUUCAGUGCUGUUUCCUUCCUGCUUGGUGCUUUCACAUCAGUCCUCUCUGGUUUCCUUGGCAUGCAAAUUGCUAUCUACGCUAAUGCCAGGACUGCCUUAGAAGAAAGGGAGGGUGUUGGAGAAGCUUUCUUUUCUGCUUUCAGGUCUGGUGCAGUGAUGGGAUUUCUUCUUGCUGCUAUCAGUCUUCUCGAGCUCUAUAUUGCAAUCAAUCUGUUCAAGCUGUACUAUGGCAAUGACUGGGAAGGUCUUUUUGAGGCUAUUGCUGGUUAUGGUCUUGGUAGAUCAUCCAUGGCUCUCUUUGGAAGAGCUGCUGGUGGAAUUUAUGCCAAGGCUGCUGAUGUUUGUGGUCAUCUGAUUAAAGAGACUUGGCCAGAUUACCCAGCAGAACAUCAACGUUACGUACCUGUGUUUUCUUAUCAUGUUGGUGAUAUUGUCGGGGAUAUUGCCGGUAGGGGGACUGAUCUUUCUGGCUCUUAUGCCAAAUCAUCCUGCGCUGCCCUUGUUGUUGCUUCCAUCUCUUCUUUCGGAAACAAUCACGACUUCACUGCUAUGUGUUAUCCCCUGCUUAUCAGCUCUAUGGGUAUUCUUGUUUGUUUGAUAACAACUCUCUUUACGGCCAACUUCUCAAAAAUCAAGGAAGUGAAGGAAAUCAAGCCUGCAUUGAGGAAGCAACUUAUUAUUUCCACAAUUCUAAUGACUUAUGGAAUUGUUAUUGUUAGCUGGAUUGCUCUGCCCUCAUCAUUUACAGUUUACAACUUUGGGUCGCGGAAAGUUGUGAGGAACUGGCAGCUGUGCUUCUGUGUCGGUGUUGGUCUUUGGGCUGGGCUAAUCAUUGAAUUUAUCACUAAAUUAAGCACCAACGAUGGCAUCAGCCUUCUCCAAGAUUUUGCUGCCGAAAGUGUUGGCUUUGGCCCUGCCCUUGUCAAUAUCCCAAUUUGUGCUGCCAUUAGCAUUUUGUGUUAUCGUAUUGCUUCCAUGUAUGGAAUUGCUAUGGCUGCCGUUGGGAUGCUAAGUACCAUUGCCACUCGAUUGGCCAUAGAAGCUUACAGUCCCAUCAGCGACAAUGCUAAACGGAUUGCUGAGAUGGAUGGCAAUACUACAGCUGCCGUUGGAAAGGGAUUCGCCAUUGAAUCAGCUUCCCUGGUAUCUAUGGCUCUGUUUGGUGCAUUUAUGAGUCGUGCAGCAAUUUCUCCUGUUGAUUUCCUAACACCAAAAGUUUUCAUGGGUUUGAUCGUGGGCACCAUGCUUCCUAACUGGUUCUCUGCUAUGACCAUGAAAAGAGUGGGAACUGCCGCCUUGGAGAUGGUUACCGAGGUUGGUCGGGCGUUUUGGGCAACAAUUGAGGAACGUCACCGUGCUAGAUACUUCAAAAUUUUAACUGAUACAUCUAUCAAGGGGAUGAUUCGAGCUGGUGCCCUUGUCAUGCUUACACCACUAAUCGUCGGGAUCUUCUUUGGAGUAGAGAUGUUGUCUGGUGUUUUGGCUGGCUCUCUUGGUGCUGUUGUUCGGAUUGCAAUUUCGGCAUCCAACACUGGCGGAGCAUGGGAGAAAGCAAGGAAGUACAUCAGGGCUGGUGCUUCUGAGUACGCAAAGACCGAGUACGCAAAGACCCAUUACCCUAAAGAAAUUCACAGGGCCGUUGAUAAGGGAGAUACCAUUGGCAAUCCAUUGAAGGACACUACAGGCCCGCCACUAAACAUCCUCAUCCAGCUAAUGGUAGUCGAGUCGCUCGUGUUUGCUCCCUUCUUUACCAGUCACGGUGGUCUGCUCUUCAAGAUUUUCUGAGGGAGGGAACGAGCGACUUCCCUUUUGUAGCAACAGCAGUAGCAGCAGCAAGUCAUCGACACAAUUUGCCCUUAAACAUCUAUUUCCGUGUUGUUUGCAACCUCUCUAGCUCCUCCACUGCUUCGGACAAUUCGAGCAAGAUCUUUUGAAAUAAGUUUUUGGAUUAUGCAAAAUACUCGGUUUAAAUUCGAAUAAAAAACAAUAUCGAGAACAAGAAUCAGAGGGGUGGUCUUGGCCA